CAAAGAAAUACAAAGCCUGUGAACAAAUUGUUUUGGUGUUUCUUUAUUUGUUGAACUAUAAUUAGCAGUUAUGGUAUAUUUAUCGGGUACCUGGGGUAUGGGAGAAACAAAAUCGCAGUGCCACAGUACAAAUAGUUCCUGUUUUCUGCAGGAAAAUGAUGAAGAAGUUGCGUUAUUGCCACUUAAGAAUCAGGUUGGUGGACAUACGAGAUUACUAUUACUUAAUCAGAAUACUAUUUGUAAACCAUUAAACUGCAGGGAACUUAAUUUUUAUCAAAACAUUCCACAAGACAUUCAAAUUUUCGUCCCAAAAUUUAAAGGUGUACUGCAAGCUUCCAAUAGUGGUGAGGUUACCUUAGAUAAACGUUAUAGCCCUAGUUUCAGAGAACAGGAUAACAGGCAAGGACAUAGUUUAAAUAAAAGGAAAAGGGAAGAUGUAUUAAGAAUGAAAGUUCAUCGAGAUAAUACAUUAGCAGAAGUACUAAAACCAGGAAUGCAUUUGGAUAACGCAUCAAACAGACAAUAUUUUCUUUUAUUGGAAAAUAUAACAUCACAGUACACUCAUCCAUGUAUAUUGGAUCUGAAAAUGGGGACGAGGCAGCAUGGUGAUGAUGCAUCAGCUGAGAAACGUAACAAACAAAUUGCAAAAUGUGCUGCUAGUACAUCAGCCUCGUUAGGUGUUAGACUAUGUGGAAUGCAGGUUUAUCAAGCCGAUACCAAUCAUUAUGUAAAAAAAGAUAAAUAUUGGGGCAGAGAAUUGAAUGAAGAAGGUUUUAAAGCAGCAUUGUAUCGGUUUUUCCAUAAUGGUUUUUGUUUACGAACGUUAGUUAUCGAAAAAGUAGUAUCGCGAUUAGAACAAUUACGGCGUGCAAUUGAAAGGCAAAGCAACUAUCGAUUUUAUUCGUGUUCAUUAUUAGUCGUUUAUGAAGGUUAUCAAGUGGAUUUUUCGGGAUUCGGUCUUUCCUCGCCUGCAUUGCGAAUGGACGAAGAAUCUACAAAUUCUAGUUUCAUCAGUGACGAUUCUCAUACUUCCAAUCGCAGUUAUGACGGUGACAUAAGUAGCAAUUCCGCAGAUUAUAAUCUGUCGAUCGAAGAAGAAAUCUGUCAAACAACUACAUUGCACAGAGGAUUUGGUGAAACAUCUAAAGGGGCCAAACGUAUCGCCAAUUUUUAUCCUUCAAGCAGCGAGGAGACUGUUUUCGUCGCAUCUACGGACAGCUUAAUCGACAAGGUGCUCCAAUCUCCCAGAUACGAACAGUGGAUGCUUUACGACACUUCAAACGAUGAAUUCUGUUUCAAACAAAAUCCGGGAAAUGAGAUACAAGACGCUAGUUCCGACAUUGAAAUUAGAUCAGAUCCUGGAUCAAGGAAACAAAGACAUCGAUUAUUUCACGUUUACGAGAGGGAAGAGAGAAUAGAAGACGAAUGUACCGAUAUGACGAACAGGUACACGUCUUAUCCUUAUCGAACGAGAAAGAUGAAACAAAAAUGUCAAGAAGCACGAGUCGAUGUAAGAAUAAUCGACUUUGCACACACAACUUUUGUUCAUGGUUCUAGUAUAUCUUGUAACUCAGCUCAUACUUCCAUGGUGCAUCAAGGUCCAGACUAUGGUUUUCUAACCGGUCUUGAUAGCUUAAGACGACUUCUUCUUGAAAUUUUGACUGAAGGUUAAUUCGUAAAUACUUGACCAACAUGGGCCUGUUUGUAUUUAUAGAAUAACCAAAUUGAGAAACAAAACAAUUACGUGUAUUUUGAGAGAAAACGUUGACGAAGAAACGUAGAUGAAGAAUCUUUGGUUCGCAGUAAAAUUAUUGGUGACAAAUUUCUGAUUCUUAAACAUGAUUAACUUCUUUGAGACCGAUCUGUGCAUACGUAUUUCUGACGUAUGAUUUUAUGUUCUGAAGUUCCAUUAUAUGUACGAGCAAAGUAUGCAAGCAGAAUUUACAAGUGUAUAUGGCAGUGAUGUAUAUGAGAACAAACUGACAUUUACAAAGUAUUAUUUAAUUUACAAAUAAAUUAGAAGAUGGGGUAAUGGGGAUGGGGAAUGGAGACCUAGAAGAUUGAGUAAGUGAAUGAGGGGAGCGAGCGAGCGAGCGAGAAAGAGAGAGAGA